AUGAAAACUCCAUACUUUUCUGGAAUAACGGAUGCUCAAACGGGAAGUUUGGCAUUCAGCUCCAAUGAGACAGAUAGCUACUCAAAGAGCAGCAUUUCUGAGCCUCAAUAUCAGAAAAAAGUCAUCUAUUCUUUAAUCAUUUUAAUCUGUAUUCCAGGAAUGAUUGGAAAUGGAAUUGUCAUCCGACUUUUGGGGUGCAAGAUUAAGAGAAAUUCUUUCACUGUCUACAUCCUGAAUUUGGCCAUGGCUGACAGUGGGACUCUACUAUUCCUAUUUCUGAUAGGAAUUCUGUACCUGACUAAGAGAUUGUUUCCCCUAAUAAUAACAGAAAGUUUCAUAUGCACUUAUUGCAUUGGCCAAUUUCUUCUGACAAUCAUCAGCAUUGACCGCUGUUUGGCUCUCUUCUUCCCAAUUUGGUACCGAUAUCGUCAGCCACUACACUUAUCCACCGUACUCUGUGUCUUUUCAUGGCUAAUCUCUUUUUUCCUCUGUGUAAUUCAUUAUGCUCUGUUAGGGGCGAAACUGACUAAAAGCUUCCCUUCAUUCUAUCACAUUCUCAUCUGUACCUCUAUUUGCAUCCCACUCAUGGUAGUCUCCAGUCUGGCCCUCUUCAUCAAAGGCUACCUUAAAUCACAAAUGCAGAAGCGAGGAAAACUUCUCAAAAUCACCCUGCUUGCCCUGUUUUUCUUCCUCAUCUUCUCUAUUCCACCAAUUGCCAUUUAUCUCAAUGAGACUCUUUUCAAGCACAAGUCUGUCAAUUUAAUUACAUAUGGCUACCUAUGUGCCUGCUUAAACAGCAGUGUUAACCCACUGAUCUAUUUUCUACUAGGGAGAAAGAAGGAACAUCAUUCUACUUACAACCCAAACAUUAUCCUCCAGAAAGUUUUCAAGGAAGAAGAGAAUGAAAAGCCACCAGAGGUCCAGGUUCAUACCUAAAUAUGAUGUACUCAUGAGAGUGAUUAAAAAAAAACAACAACCAUAUUUUUAUAGUGCCCUUCCAGGACCUGAUAAUUAAUUCAGAGAAACCUCUUCUGGCAAAUCCAGUAUUGUCAAAAUGUAAUGCCGAGGAGAUUAGAAAAUUAGUCUUUCAUUUUCUCAACUGUAACAGAGGUUUCCAAGUCAUUGUGAACAGAUCUUGUUGAGAUGACUUGAUGAAACAGCUUAUGGAUUA